AUGGACUCAACGUCGAUGCCAGCCACGGCCGCGUCGCGCCAGAAGAGCUGCAACGCCUGUGUAAGAGGCAAGCGCCGCUGCGACAAGUCCUAUCCCAAGUGCACCCGGUGUGCCGCCAAGGGGCUGGAUUGUGUCUACCACAAGGUGCCGCCUGUCCGCCCAUUGAGGGCGACCAGCAACCACAACACCACCAGCGCUGGCAACCUUAGCUAUCAUCUUCAUACUGCUCCGGCAGUCACCGUGCAGGACUCGCCCGAGGACGGGAGCGGGAGCGACCACGACGCGCAUCCCGACUUUGACAUGGACGGCCUGGACUUUGUAGGCUUCGGAUCGUCAUCGUCAGGCCCGCACAGCUCCAGCUCAGGCUCGACGUCCGCGACCCCCGGGACCUUGGAGCUCGACUCCACCAACCUGGACUUCUCCGUCGUCGAUCUGCUCAACGGCGCCGACGUCCCCGGCAGCAGCAUCUGGUCCCUGCCGCCGUUCGGGGAGCCCAAGGCGGACUUCCCUGCCCCCAUCCACCACAUGCCCACCCUCCAGCCGCGGGCGCAGGUCAUCCGCCGCGACCUCUCCGCCCUCGCCUGCAGGACCAACGACGACGAGUGCCUGACCGUCGACCCGCUGCUGAUCCACGAUCCCCAGAGCAGGGUCGGCUUCGUGCUCAAGUACAUCACCAACCUGCACCUCACCUUCGCCCAGACGCGCGCGCUGCCCUUCCUCCACACGCGGCUGUACCGGAGCAACCUGCCGCGCACCGUCAUGUCGGCGUUCUGCGCGGCGACGACCUACGCCAACCGCACGGAGUCCACCAAGGCCUGGACGUACAACCUGAUCGCCCAGGCCACCUCGGACAUCCAAAAGGAAGGGGCCAAGGCGGAGACGGUCAUGGACAAGCUGGCCAGGACCCAGGCGCUGGUCAUUGCCGAGACGAUCCGGGUGUUUGACGGCGACUUCUCGCUGCGCCACUCCGCCGGCAAGGACAGGCAUAUUCUGCUCGAGUGGCAUCAUGAGCUGGACAGGAUAAGGGAGGAUAUGGAGAUUGAGCUUGGCACGCCGGAUGUUCCGUCCAGGGAACACCCCCCCGCUACUUGGGAUUCCUGGAUUCUCAUCGAGAGCUUGCGCCGAACAUGCAUCACGGUGGCGUCUUUCCUUUGUAUGGUGCACAUUCUAGAAUCCACAAUUCCCCCUAUGGAAAUCUGGAAAAGCAGUAUGUUAUUCACAGCGUCGAAGCGGCUUUGGUCCGCCGGCACCUCUGUCGAGUUCUACCAGGCUUGGCGCGAGGACCCCCAGUGGUACAUCAGAGACAACAAAUUCGACGAGUUCUGGCAAUAUGCGCGACCAGAGGAUCUGGAUGAGUUCACGAGGCUUCUCCUGAUAACGCAAGCUGGCCAUGACGGAGUGGAACAUUUUCUUCAGGGCGAGUCGGUCCCCGUCGCAUGA